GAUAGCUACCAACCUCUGUAACAAGCUGUUCGUUCAUAACGUCAACGUUCUGAAAUUAUCUCUCUGCGAAUACCCUCAAGUUACUUAUUUGCAUUCAAUCAGCGCAUUCCAUCGAAACCUUGUCUCUUCGUCAACAAGCACAUACCUUCUCUUACUUUUGCCAACGGCUGUUUCUCAAGAUGUUUAUUGCAAGAUCCGAAUAUGAUCGGGGUAUCAACACCUUUUCCCCGGAAGGUCGUUUGUUCCAAGUAGAAUACUCUCUAGAGGCCAUCAAAUUGGGAUCAACGGCAAUAGGAGUUGCAACCGGUGGCGGAGUGGUUCUCGGUGUUGAAAAGCGCGUAACCUCUACUUUACUCGAAACAUCUUCCGUCGAGAAGAUUGUCGAAAUCGAUCGUCACAUUGGAUGUGCCAUGUCAGGACUUCAAGCAGAUGCACGAUCAAUGGUAGAACACGCCCGAGUCGAAUCUCAAAACCACAGUUUCCACUAUAACGAACCUUUAAGAGUCGAGAGCUGUACUCAAGCCAUCUGUGAUUUGGCCUUGAGAUUUGGUGAGGGUGCGGAUGGAGAAGAGAGUAUCAUGAGUAGACCAUUCGGUGUUGCUCUUUUGAUUGCUGGAUACGAUGAGGAUGGACCACAAUUAUACCACGCUGAGCCAAGUGGAACCUUUUACAGAUAUGAUGCAAAGGCUAUUGGCUCAGGUUCAGAGGGAGCUCAAGCCGAACUACAGAACGAGUUUCACAAGUCGCUCACAAUCGAAGAGGCAGAAACUUUGGUGUUGAAGACGUUGAAGCAGGUCAUGGAAGAGAAAUUAGAUUCAAAGAAUGUGCAAUUGGCUAGUGUCACCAAGGAGAAGGGUUUCCGAAUUUACACUGAUGAGGAGAUGGCAGCUGUUGUUGAACGCUUACCCGCGAAUUAAGAUUUCGAAUAACGAGAAAAGUCUGGAUUCAAUCUAGCAUGGACUAGUCAAUUUUAGGCAUCUUAAUUGACAUGAAUGAAUGACAUUAAUGCAUAUGGAAGUCUUACUUGUAGAAGAUCGUUUGACUAUACAUUCCGCUUGUAGUGCGUUAUACUAAAAUUUACGAAUAAGAAAGUUGCAAUGUA